AUGUCUUCGCGGACAUUCUUAGUGCGGACCGCAUCGCGCGCAACGACAACGACACGCUUCACGCCGAUCAGAACUUUUGCGUCCGCCAUCUCCGUCCCCAAAAUCGACGCCAUGCACCCCGGUAGCAUUGAAAUCUCAAAGGCGCAACAGGUCGCGACCAACGGCCUUGUCUCUGCGAUCGGAAACACCCCGCUCAUCAAGCUCAAGACGCUUUCGCAACAGACCGGCUGCGAUAUCCUCGGAAAGGCGGAAUUCCAGAACCCAGGUGGAUCCGUCAAGGAUCGCGCUGCGCUAUUCGUCGUCGAAGAUGCUGAGCGCAAAGGUCUUAUCAAACCGGGCGGGACGGUGGUCGAGGGAACAGCAGGCAACACCGGCAUCGGCCUCGCGCACGUGUGCAGGAGCAAAGGAUACAAACUCGUCAUCUACAUGCCCAACACUCAAUCACAAGGCAAAAUCGACCUCCUCCGUCUCCUCGGUGCAGAGGUCUACCCCGUUCCGGCUGUAGCGUUCGACAACCCCGAAAACUACAACCACCAAGCCAAACGUCACGCCGAACGCCUCGACAACGCCGUCUGGACGAACCAAUUCGACAACACCGCCAACCGCCAAGCCCACAUCGAAACCACCGGCCCAGAGAUCUGGCAUCAAACCGGCGGCAAGAUCGAUGCGUUUACCUGCGCCUCCGGCACCGCCGGCACCAUCGCCGGCGUGACCCGCUACCUCAAGACUAUCUCGGACGGCAAAGUCCAAUGCUACCUCGCCGACCCGCCCGGCAGUGUCCUCUACACAUACAUCACAUCCAAGGGCAAACUGAUCGAGCGAAGCGGAUCCAGUAUCACCGAGGGUAUCGGCCAAGGCCGAGUGACGGACAACCUCGCGCCGGACAUCGACCUACUGGACGGCGCGCUGCACGUACCAGAUGAGAAGAGCAUUGAGAUGGUCUACAGGUGUCUCGAUGAGGAAGGAUUGUAUCUCGGCGCUUCGUCAUGCUUGAACGUUGCGGCGGCGGCACAACUAGCGGAGAAACUGGGCCCGGGACACACGAUUGUGACGAUUUUGUGUGAUGGCGCGUAUAGGUAUGCGGAUCGGCUGUUUAGCAGGAAGUGGUUGGAGAGCAAGAAGCUUUUGGGAGCGGUGCCUGAGCAUCUACAUCGUUAUAUCGUGCUUGAGUAA